GUGGCCUAACAGGAUCACACUUCUGCGUGGAAACCAUGAGAGUCGGCAGAUCACCCAAGUCUAUGGAUUUUAUGAUGAAUGCCAAACUAAGUAUGGGAAUGCAAAUGCCUGGAAAUACUGCUGCAAAGUAUUUGACCUUCUGACCGUGGCUGCCAUAAUUGAUGAAGAAGUCAUUUGUGUCCAUGGUGGCUUAUCACCUCUGAUCAAGACGCUAGACCAAAUACGAACAAUUGAGAGGAACCAGGAAAUCCCCCACAAAGGCGCCUUCUGUGAUCUUGUGUGGUCUGACCCUGAAGAUGUAGAGACUUGGUCAGUAAGUCCUCGAGGAGCUGGCUGGCUUUUUGGUGCCAAGGUGACCCAUGAGUUCAUGCACCUGAACAACUUGAAGCUGAUAUGCAGGGCACAUCAGCUAGUACAUGAAGGCAUUAAGUACAUGUUUGACGGGAAGCUGGUGACAAUCUGGUCAGCUCCAAACUACUGUUACCGAUGUGGUAACGUUGCUGCUAUUAUGACCUUUGAUUCACGGUACGGUCGGUUUACAAAACUGUAUCAUGCAGUGCCAGAUUGUGAGCGUGUGGUACCACCACGAAACACAACACCGUACUUUUUGUAGCAUGGCUUGUGGUUUUGCUGCACCUUUCUGUUUGGUCAUUGAUGUACUGUUCAAGAUACUGUGCUUAUCCAUAGGCAGUCUGUGAAUCAGUGUAAUAAAUGGGAGGGCAGUUCAGCACCAGUUCGAAAAAGUGUACUAUUGGCCCCGUCACCUGCCCUAAAUAUACCUCACCAAAAGAGCUUUAAUAAUUUUUUUAUAUCCCGUAAUUGUUUACACAAAAAUAUGUUUUUUUAAAGGGCAUUUGUAAAUCGUAACAUGUUUUGAUGUUGUCUGGGGAUUGUCCUAACUGAAGUAGCAUAGUGUGAGCCAAGUUAACUUUGCACUAUUAGGUAUGUCAGAAUGGAAUGAAAAUUUAUUUGGCCAUUUUUUUGUGAGUGUUUGAAGGCUGUGUUGCUGCAUUUGAACAAUACACAUUUUUGCGUGAAGUGGUCAGCUUCUCUGCAGUGCCCGCUCAUUUCACUUUGUUUUUUAGUAGUCAGCAUGUGUGCUAAUGUAGUUGUAUACAAGGACACAGAUUAAUGAAUUACCUCUUUUUUCUAAGGAGUCCGAGUUAAUGCAUUUGUAUUCUGGAAAACUUUUUUGGGGGGAUGUGGCUACAUAAGUGGAAUGUAAGUAAAUAUGCAUCAAUUUUGUUAUAAAAUUGUGUAGGUGUGCUCUACAAUAUCUACAUUAUUGGAAGCAGGCUAUGACAUAGCUAAUUUUAUUUGAGAUUGUGCGCAGUAUACCUCGUGCUUUAAAAAAAAAGUGUCAUGAUUAUGAGGAGACAAAAAUGUUAUUCUGGUUCUCGUCAUGCCCAGUAUAUUUAUGUGAAUGUAUAUUUAAACCUGGUUUGGUUGCAGGGACUGCCAACAUUGCUCAUUACUUAAAUGGCACUUAGAACAGAUUGUGUCAGGUUCUUGUUCAAAUUUUAGACUUGUUUGUUUCUUGGGCAGGCUUGCUAGGUGUAGACAUUCUUUUUGGGGGCUUGACAGCCUGAAUGAGCACCAUGUUUAAAAGUGGCAUUUUGGUACUUCCUGGUUUAGGUGCGAAACGGCACAAUAAACAGGUGUUUCAAGCCCUGGUUUCUCGUUUCAGUAGUUGAAAAAUUUUUGUGUUACUCUAACAUUGGGUCGAAUGUCAGUAGCAUAAAACUGCUUUAUGGCAUCAUUUGUGGGAACAUCAAAAAGAUGCAGUAGCUUUAAGAGCUAAUUUCCAGCAUAUUUGCAGUUCUAGGUGCUAGGAGGUCACCUGUACUCUCCAUUUAAAUUGGCUUUGCAAUGCACCUAAAAUAAACUUUAAAACAAAAGUGAUGGUAACUGGUGGUAAAUAAGUUAGUGGAAAGUAUUCUAAACUGUAAUAAUCAAAUUGGUCAAAUAGGUUGAUUCCUAAUGGUGAAGGUUUCUUUUUUUUCUGUAUGUUGAAAACUCUGUGCCCAUAGUCCAAGGACACAUGCUGGACACCAUAUUUUUUUCUUGUCGUUGGGAUGUGUUUAGAAAUUGGAGUAGUCUGCCUCACUUAGAUUUGUGUAUUCCAUUGUUAACCAUAACAAAUGAACACAUUUGUUGCCAUGGGCAAGCUUGAUUCAACCAAGAAUAUGAGUAAAAAGUGGUCAAGGCUCGACAUCAGUAUUUUUCGUUUUUCUAAAAAGGUCAAAUGAACUGCUUUUGUAUUCAUGCUCUGCCAUACUUCUGGUAAAUGGGAGUAUGCAAUUGCAGGAACCAAAACAUGGGUAGCAGGUGCAUUUAAUCAUAAUUUUGUUGUUCAUGGUAAGAAUUGGAGAUUGUAGCAAGGCACAGAAAGGGUUGGUGAUGUACAUUAUCUAGUCUCCUUUUGCUCAAAAGUUGGAUAUACACAGGCUGCUUUUGUGAUUGUAUGAGAGAAAUGUGAUUUUGUUUGGCAAUACAUACACAUGUGACCAGUUGAUGAUAUGGCAAGCGUAGAGCCACUAAGCAAGCUUAACUACACAACAUCAAUCCUCCCCAUUGGCUUGCUUCAUAAGGUGCUAAGAUUAUGACGAAAAAAUGGCCAAGGCUUGUCGACAGUAUUUUUCAUUGUUCUAAAGAUGCCAAAUGGACUGCUUCUGUAUUGGUGCUCUUUGAUGUUUCUGGUAAAAGGCAGUAUGCAAUUACAGAAAGCAAAACAUGGGCAAAAAUGAAACAAUGAAAACAGUGUCACUUUUAGCAUAUUUAGCCUAUAAUGACAACAUAGGACCUUGUUUUCGGUCAGACUCAAAAAGCAGACUACAAUCGGCUCAAUUUCGUUAUUUGUCACAUGCUCAUGUGAUGCUGAGAAGGUUUCUAUAGUAAGAGAGGCAGCUGGUUGGUUUAGGUUGCAUUUUAUUUUACGCAUUGUAAUGCCAUGUUUCUUCAAAAGGCCGCGACUGGCCUGCCAUGCAAAGCAAUGAUCAGAACCUCACUUGCUUACAAUAGAAACAUGCAACAAAAUUUUCAAGGGUUUAUUUUGUUGUAGCUAGUGUAGUAUUGGCAGAACUUAAGUGAUCCGUCUACUGGAAAGAAUAGUUGAGGUUUGGUGCACCUCCAGCUAAUUCCGUGAACUUCAAGACAGCUUGACAUUCUGCACUGUGUGACAGCUGCAAAUGGUUCAUGGAAAUAAAGAUCGACAUAAAACAUACAGAAUUGGCCAUAGUUUAAGUAACUGAUUAGUGUAAAUGUCGUGUGACAACAUUGAACCUCAGUCAAACGAAAAAGAGGAGGGUGACCAAAAGGAUGCUGGGAAUUUUACUUCUAACAAGUGGUCGUGUAACAUGAAAGGGAAGAGGUGUGCCACGGUCCCAGUGCACACUUCUUUAUGCUGUGUGUGACCGUGGCAUAGACUUUGCAUAUAAUGUACCUGUGCUUGUGUGUGUGACACUUCAGGGUCUCUAAACCACCUCUGGUAAUUUUUUUAUAGUGAAAUUGUUGUAGCUCGGUAUACUAUGUGGGACAGUGUCCAGAAACGAAUGGGCAUGUGUCGCAGUUACGAAGUUCCUUCUUUCUCCCAAAAUAUUAUGUACAGAUUUAUGCCACAUAAUUUGUGGGAAUACCAUACUCGCCACAAUAGUGUGGCCUGUACUAAACUUGUGGCUGCACCCUAAAACUAUCAUUAUCAACAGUUAUGUGCAACAAAACUUGGUAAAAUCUCACUACACACGGCUAUUGCAGGGCCUGUAAUGACCCUGAGAAUGUGUACAGAGAAAGAGAAAAAGCAAGCAUCAAAUUGUCUAGCAAGAAGAUUCCACACCACCUAUCCAAGCCAUGAAUGCCUAAUAGCCAAACCACACCCACUGAAAGAGAAAUUGCGUAUAUCCUCCUUACAGUGCAUAGCCCGGCUCCACCUGAUCGUGUUCUGAAAGUCAUAGGGCGUUCUAAAAAAGGGCAGACUCCCAAGGAGAAAGCCACACAUCUCGAAAGCUAGAUGGGUCGAUCGAUGGGGAGUACGAGUGAUAAUCGAUCGGCCAGUGCUUCGCUGUGCCAAGGUUUGUACGACUUAUUGUAAACUAACCCCAUUUUUUUAACAUUUAACUUGUCGGGCAUUCAGUUCCGAAUGCCAUUAAAUUGAACAGUAUUGUAAACUGCCACCAUUUUCAUAGCAUUUAAAGUGUUGGGCAUUAAGUUCAGAAUGCUAUCACAAUGAACAGUGCCAGAAACAACAGAAUUAUGAGCCAUGGGCAUAGUGCUGGCCAAGGAGUCAACGCUUUUGUCUGGUCAUGUCAUCCACAAAAGGAACCGCUUUAUCUGCUUGCAGGUAUGUGCGCUCUUCCUCCUUGCAUGACUGAGACGAAAGACCAGUCGAUGAACAAGGCAUAGUGAAAGAAAUAGCAAAGCAAGUGAGGGCCGCUUUCAGAUUCUCAAAUGUGUGUAACACCACUGUUACAUCACUGUUUCCAAAAAUUCUCAUAGGUACAUGUUUGAUGAAGAAUCAUGCACAACUGGAAAACCACAAAUAAAUGUCAACCACUGGGUGGUUUAGAGGCCCUUUAUUGUCAAACGAGCCCCACAACUUGUUUGAGCAAACAGACAUGCCCUUAGAGCAUAUCUGUCUGGGGCCUUUGCAUUAGUGGCAGGUGAUGCAAACAGUGAAGAAGUCAUAGAAAUUUCUUUGCUUCAAAUGAAGAGAUUAUGGGAAGAACAUCAAGGCACAUGGUAUAGCAAGUAGUGCAUUCUAAUAUCGCUUUGCACAACUCUGCUUGGCUCGUCAUCUUUUUUGCUAGUGCUCCAUUCAUAUGGCCUCUUGGCAGUUGUAAGCGCAACCUAAUUUUGCAUGUUGAAAUGAUUGAUCUUUUGUCCGUUGCUUCAUUCAUAUGGCGUCUUCGCUGUUGUAAGUGCACAGCUAAUUUUGCACGUUCGAGUGAUGAAACGGCAUGCAUAUAUUGAGACUGAGAACAGAAGGCAUUAAAUGUAGCAUUAGGAAACUGAGUGGCACGUGGAGAAGUAUCUAUUUCGGGAGCCUUCAAAGUAAACGCACACUGUAUUCUGUUUCCAGGAUAUUACAUGUUCGAUGCGCACAUUUUCUCAGGCCAGGGAGCGAAUGGAGUCAAAGCAGGCCAUCAUGCAAAGGCUUAAUUCAUAUUUCUGUGCUCCCUUCUAUUUAUAUUUAUUUUCCUCCAUGCUGGGCAUCAAGAGACUGUGUGGCCAGUCGGUGUUUAUGUAAUAUAUCCACUGUAAUGUACCCACAAGAUUUUCAGCCUUUCUUGUCACUGUCAUUUGCUUAUUGUCUCGCCCAUCACUCUCUGUUGGUCCCCAUGUAAGUUAAGAUAGUCGUAUGUGGCAAAAGCCGUUAGUGCUCGUGUGCAGUACUUGAGCCAGUGCUCCUUCACAUGGAGCACCUUUUUUAUAGUGUCUUCAAACAGUUGUAUACUAAGCUUAUGUGGAGUUUAUCAUUUCUGUAUCCAUCACCUCAAUGCCACUUGUUUAGUUUUAUCAGUGAUUGGGGGGGGGGGGGGGGGAGUCAAGACAAACAGCCUUUAUGGCAGCACAGUGUCAAGAAAGUCAAAAUCUCUGAUUGGGCGAGAUGGUGAUUCAUGAUUGCUUGAAGUGCAAGCGUGUAGCGUGGACAAGGAUGACCAAGAUAUAGAAAGUGUCUUUAGUUGCCCUUGUCCACGAUACAGGCCCACAUUUUAAGUUAACAAGGUGCUAUUCUUGUGGAAUACAGGCACAGCAAAAGAAUUGCAUCGCAAAUUUUAUGGACAUUGUCAAUGUCUCUUUGUAGAAUUAAGGUUAGGAAGAUGAACAAAAAGGGGGGGAGGGGGAUACUUAAAAUACCAGUGCAAAAAUGAUAACACACAAAGGAAAGACAAAGUACAGGCUGUGUGUGUCCAUUUCGGCCCUCAAAGAUACUCACUUUUUAGCCAACAGAAAUUUGUUCCAUUCGCCCUUAUUGCAGACUAUUCCAGGUUUUUGAAACCUGAGUUGGAUUUGAAGCGCAAAAGCUGAUGUUCUGGGUAGUGCAGCAUGUACUAUAUUAUGAAGAGUGAUGUAUGGUUUAAAGUGGCACUUAAGAGAAAAUGAUUUCACCUGUAUUAGUUAUCAUUGCCCUUCUAUCUGAACUAUGUCUUCUUAUGUGGGUUUAAUACAAUCUCCACAAGAGAAAGUAGCAAAGAUGCUACUGAACUUGUAUGAUGAACAGAUUAGUUAGCAAUAUUUUUCUAGUAUUAUAUAAUUUUUUGAAAUUUACUGUAUUUUUUUAUGAUUGAUCCAAUGGCCCUGGGUUAUUCUGACACUUCACCUCAUGCUGUGGAGUUUUCUUCAACAAGGAGGCCCAUUGAUGUAAAGGUGCAAACCAGAAUAGUGUCAGUGCUGCCUUGUAUUCUCUGCAGAAGCUUGCCAAUACAUUGUAAUUGGGUUUGAUGGCUGUCUCAAUGUCCUGUAUAAUUCCUUAUUGGUAAUGAUGGACUACUUUAUGUUCUGACAGGGUCAAAGAUUUGAAUGACGAGAUUUGAGAACUUUUGUUGAGCCAACAGACCCAAAUGAAAAGAUGUUCUUGUAGUGUAACCGAUGUUCCAACAGUGAGGUUCUUUUGUUAAAAAAAUGGAAUUUAUGCCUUCAUUUCUGUAACUAAUUAUCAAUCCAUGGUGAAAUGAAGGGUAUAAUAGUUUUUGAAAAAUAAUUUAUCUGCUUAAAUUUAGGUCAUCUCUUUGAGUGUUCGAACGAAUUAAAAAGCAUGCCUUGCAUAAGAAUAUAUUGCAUGCACUAUUGUGUAUUCAUAAAUACAGUUGGCCUAACUGAAUGUGAUCUUUUUUCUAGUUAUUAUGAACUUUAGUGUUUGUAUGUAUAUGCAUGUCACAUUUGGGGCCUUGCUGUACAUUUGUUGCCAGGUUUGCAAUGCAACUAAAGUGAGUAUAUGUAUUGGCUAUGAUAAUUAUAUUGUUUUGCUAGGCAGAAUGGGCCCCCUUCAUUCUUUUCCCUUAUAACAACCUGCAAAAUGCUGGUUAGGCUUCAAAUAUAAUUUUCUCAUGGUUGUCAGUAUUUAGUGAUAAAAGUGCUCACUUGCUAUUAUUGAACGUGAGGUUCUGGUGAAAUGAGUGGUAAUGCUAUGGCGAUGUUUCUCUAAAUCAACACACAUGUGCUUUGUUGUGUAUUUUUCAUUAUUACACAAAAUGAAUUUCUUGAUAUAUUGCUUUUGUGGCUGGAGUAUAUCUUAGGCAGGUGAAACUCGUAAUGUUUAAAAUGUAACAUUUAGGCUUUGUUAAAUUUGCAGUAUAAUAAAGGCUUUGACCAAGACUGAUUUAUCAUCAUGCUCAAAA